CCCAGGCAUGUGCCGCCUGAACAUUUCAUUCCGAGAGAUCGCCUGGAGCACAAGGGGGCAAAUCACUGGACAGAGAAGAUGUCUUCAAUGUUGGAUAGGUACUUGAGUGCGGAUAAAAUGUUGAGAGUGUUCAUUGCCGUCAUUGGAGCUCCUGUGAAUUUAGUGGCGAUUGCGAUCCUGUCCCGGGGAAAGUGCGGCCUCUCCACCUGCACCACUCGCUACCUGGUGGCCAUGGCAGCGGGGGAUCUGCUCACCGUAGUCAUCGAGGUCUUUUUAUAUCGAAUCAUAUAUAAAUACUUACCGUGGACUUUUCUCAGCAUUACACCUGUGUGCAGGGUUAUGGAGGUAUUGAGGUUCAUUGCCACAUACUGUUCUGUCUGGUUCACCGUCGCUUUCACUGUUGAUCGCUUUGUAGCGAUUUGCUGUCAGAAGCUGAAAACAAAAUAUUGCACCGGGAAAACUGCGGCUGUGAUUCUAACAACAACUUCCGUACUGUGCUGUCUGAAAAACAUUACCCGCUAUUUCUUAUGGGAACCCAGAGAGAUAAUCGACAAUGUACCGUGGUUCUGUAAAAUCAUGGACUAUAUCUCCAGUGACCCGUGGUGGAGAGCGUCUCAGGAAACGGCUCCUUCGCCCUCGCUGGCUGUCUCCAACUCAGCGCCGCGAAACCCGCCAUUCUCCAAGUUGGUCCGUCUGGGGUUUACACACUCGGUCCCGCCAAUCCGCGAGAUCCGGAUAUCUCUCCCACCGAAGCCCGGGUUUGUCUGA